CUGAUUAAAUGACCAAUGACUGAAUUGAAGCCAUGAAAUGUCAGUAGUCAGCUUGUGACAGUUGAUUGUGUUUUAGAUUGAAGAAAUUUAUAAAUUUUAAUUUAUUUUUAUUAAAUUGCUAUCUCUAGCAAAACAAAUAUUUUGAAGUGUUUUAUUUAGAUUUUGAUUUUAUAAAUUUACCAUAAUGGUGCAACAAUAUCAAUCACCUGUUCGGGUUUACAAACACCCUUUUCCACUUGUCAUGAUGGCCUACGAACGACGUUUUCCGACCUGUCCACAAAUUCCCGUUUUUAUUGGUUGUGAAGUAACUUUAGAGGAAGAAAGUCCUUGCGGAUCAGUCAGAACAACAGAACGAAGGUGUAAAUUAAAUGUUGACGCACCUUACAUUUUAAAGAAGAUAAUAGGCGUAGACUUUAUAUAUUUUAUUCAAAGAAACGUAUUGAACCGUCACAACAGUAUUUUAGAAAUUGAGGCUUAUAAUGAAAGUUUUGCAUCGAGAGUGACUGUUUUAGAAAAAUGUCGAUACUUUAUUCAUCCGGAAAAUCCCGAUUGGACAUGUUUCGAACAAACAGCAAGUCUUGAUAUCAAAAAUUUUUUUGGAUUUGAAAGUUCUAUGGAAAAAUUGGCAAUGAAACAAUAUGCACAGAAUAUUGCAAAGGGAAAGGAGAUUAUAGAAUUUUUCAUCAAUCAAUUAAAAGAGGAUGGUAUCACUUAUGUGGCCCCCUGGGUACCUCCAGAGAAAGAACCUUCAAUUAAAGAUGAAAAUUCAUGUGUGGAGGAGGUGAAGAAACAAAGUCCCUUGAAGGAAUCGUGCAAUAUUGAAACAAAAUUACCCAGCACUCGAGAUAUGCAAAUGUCGUCGGAUUAUAUUGAAAGGUAUUUGGGAAAAUUGGAUAUGAUGCAAGAAAGCCGUUUAGUACAAUUGAGACACAGUAUUGAAGAAUUAAGAGGUAGUUCUGUGCCUGGAGAUGCAACGUUACUUCGCUUUUUGCGCGCCAGUGAAUUUUCCGUGGAAAAAGCUAAAGAAAUGUUGACACAGUCCCUCCAUUGGAGAAAGAAGUAUCAAAUAGAUAAACUAUUAGAUGAGUACGAAAUGCCUCAGGUUGUCAAGGAUUAUUUCCCCGGUGGUUGGCAUCAUUUUGAUAAAGAAGGCCGUCCGCUAUAUAUUCUCAGAUUAGGACAAAUGGAUGUUAAAGGUUUGCUCAAGUCGAUUGGAGAGGAUGAAUUACUUUUAUUGGCUUUACAUAUUUGUGAGGAGGGUUUACAAUUGAUGGAGGAAGCGACAAAUAUUAGUGGACAUCCAGUAUCACAAUGGACGCUUCUCAUUGAUUUAGAGGGAUUGAAUAUGCGACAUUUAUGGAGACCCGGAAUUAAAGCACUUUUACGAAUAAUUGAGAUUGUCGAGGCCAAUUAUCCAGAAACUUUGGGAAGAGUUCUUAUUAUGCGGGCACCAAGAUGCUUCCCCAUUUUGUGGACUUUAAUUAGUACUUUUAUUCAUGAAAAUACGAGGAACAAAUUUAUAUUCUACUGUGGCACUGAUUAUCAAGAACAAGGCGCUGGUGGUUUCAGUGAUUACAUCGACGAACAAUAUAUUCCUGAUUUUCUCGGUGGAACGUCAGAGACAUACGUCAAUGAAGGUGGAGUUGUGCCAAAGAGUUUAUACAGAAUGGAUUUGGAAGUUCCUAACAGUGAACAUGAACAUUGUUUGUAUCAAUCGAUUGGUCUUGGUCGUGGUCAAGUGCAUAACGUUGUCAUACGCUCCAAUGAUCCGGGAGCUGUGCUCACUUGGGAUUUUGAUGUUAUGAGACAUAAUGUGCUUUUUACCGUCUUGCACAAGUCAAUUGAAGGAACACUCACUGUACCGUCGCAAAUUGAACACGAAACUGGAAGCAAAGAAUGGAAAGAAGGUAUAAAUUGCAUAAAAGUUGAACCCAGCAUUACUUGUCACGAUGGAGAAAGCAUUCAGGGAACACAUAUAAUGCAAGAACCUGGUACAUAUAUUUUGCAAUGGCAAAAUCCUGAGGAGGAAGAAUUCUUACCGUCAAUUAAUUUCCAUAAAGCCCAAUUGAUGUACUUUUAUGAAACUUUACCAUCGGCACAUUACAGAGGAUCAAUGAUGAGCCUUCAAUCUGCCGUUAGCGGUAGGUCUGUCGCAAGUUCCUCAUUAUCGAGAUGAGAAGUAAAUCUCUCUGCAAGAGCAGAGAAAUUAGGUGAUCCCGACAAUGACUGACCUGACGUACACGCAAAAUGACAAAUAAUAAUAAUUCAAUUAAAAAUUAGGAAAAUUUUUCAAAUGCAUGAUCUACUUUUUUCUUUUGAAAGAAGUUUACUUGAGAAUCUGAGAAUAAGAUAAGAUAUAAUAUGAAUAAUAAAUCAUUUUAGAAAAUAGCAUGAUAAUGCUAUUUAUAGCCAAUUUUAGAGUUAAAAAAAAGGAAUAGUCAAAAAAAAAAAAAAAAAAUACUAAAAGAAUCGUUGAGAAGUCUGUUAAAAUGUAAUAAUGUUGCUAUUACAAAAAAAAAAAAUUAUUUUCGUACACUCGAGAUGGAAUGAAGCGGGAAAUGCAAUAUUCUUUUUUUUUGUCAAGUUAAAGAUAAAAUACUUUAAAGAAUUCAGCAAGUGACGUCACAAAAUUCAUUUCUUUCAAUAAUUCUAAUUUAAUUUACUCAAAA